GUUCUGUAUUUGUCAUAGUUAUCACUUGUUCUUUUUUUUCGUGCUAGAAAAUUCCCAAAAAUUCGCACCACUAUUUGUCGAUUUUUGGUGCAUUUCCAUUCGCAGCAAGUGAAACACGUCCCACUUUUAUUAGCCGCGAACCGGGCCGGAAAGCGCCGACCGUAAGCAAGAUGACGAAAUAGCUCCUUUCCGCAGACACCUUUUCGAGAGGGCAGACACCAACCGUACGAAAUCUGGCAGACAAGUAGCGAAACACAGUUCUCCCGAACGGUUGGGGCUCCCGUAGACCAGAACUCGCGACCUGGUGAGGCGCCCAGGAAUCGAUCCUGGAUGCGAAAAAGUGGUAGAGAACGGCAAUAGAAUAGUUUUCCCCCACCGGCGAUAUACCGUCGGGAUUGAGGAUUGAUUGUCUCGCUGUUGUAGUCUCCCAGAUUUUCGGUACGGUACACGGUGUGGGCGAGAAACGUACCCUUUUUGAGCAACCGGGGACAGAGCAGUGUGUACGCAGUUUUGCCGUGCCGCAAGCGUUUUAGUUUCCGUGACGACGUUUUUGGAAGAGUACAACGAGAAAUCGGGUGUAGAAGAGUGUGUUUGUGUGUGUGUGUGUCGGAGUGCAGCCACAAUAACCGGACCGGAGGGACGAUGGAAGCUUUGGUGGAAAAUGCGGCGGCUCCGCCUGCCCGAUUCUACUGUCACUCGUGCGCUAUCGAAAUCGAUCGUGUUUCGUCGGAAUUCACAUGCCCACACUGUCUGGAAGGAUUCAUCGAAGAGCUUCCGGCGGUGGAACGGAGCGGAUCGGCUGGAUCGGCAGCGGGACAAGAUGCGGAACAACCGUCAAACGACAGCGACAAUCCACCGUAUAGCAAUGAGACAAUACGAUUGGCCGGUGAAUUUUUCACAGAAGAUCUUCUAACACCGUUCUUUCGGCGCAUUGGCGGCCAACAGGGUCAAUCGGCGGGUGGAGCAGGAGCGGGCAAUGGCUAUCAGGCCUUGUUCACCUUGGACGACAUUCCUAUGGACGGCAGUAGUGGUCCAUCGUCCGGUGGAACCGGCUCGGCCGGUGGUGCCGACGGUGGAGAAGGAGCCGCAAGCAGUAGCAGCAGUAGCGGGGCUGGCGGUGGUGCUGGCAGUGGAGAAACACGCCCUUCCAUGCGGUUCACCGGAAGACGGGGCAGUCGCAGGCGGGGAGUGCAAAACAUCAACCACGUUGAUCAGAUACUGCGCGAAAUCCUGAUAUCGGUGUCGGGCGGUGGUAACGGUGCCGGGGUCAGCGGUCCCAUGUUCUUCAUGGGCAACCCGGGCGACUAUGCGUGGGGACGCGAAGGCAUCGACACAAUCGUCACACAGCUGCUCAACCAAAUGGACAAUACGGGGCCACCGCCGCUGGAGAAGGAGCGCAUCGCACAGAUACCGUGCGUCACCAUCAGCGAGGAGCAGGUCGACCAGAAGCUACAGUGUUCGGUUUGCUUCGAGGAUUACGUUGCUGGCGAACCGGUUCGGAAGUUACCUUGCUUGCACGUCUAUCACGAACCUUGUAUCAUUCCGUGGCUGGAACUGCACGGUACGUGUCCCAUCUGUCGAAGCAGCCUCACGCCGGAAGAUGGGCACGCGGGACCGCCGCAACCGCAGUCACCGGAAAAUGCCGGACUAUCGCCGGGUGAUAGUUCACAGCAACAACAGCAGCAUCAGCAGGCAGCAGCAUCGCAGCCACAGUCCGAUUCCGGCCGGCAGAAUUCCAACUUUCUCACCUUCACAAUACAUGAUCUGCUUCCUACCCUUUCAGGGCCCGCCAUGACGAACCUGCUGUUCGAGAUGGGCCAACCGAUGGGUGCGGCGGGCGCAUCGUCCUCUAGUCUACCACCGUCAGCGUUCGGUAGCGGUGCGGUAGCUGGUUCCGGUAGUGCCGGAACCGGAAACACCACCAACGGUGGACCGAACGCGAGUCACACCAAUACCAACACGGCAGCGGGCGGUGCGUCCACCAGUAGCAAUGGUGGCAGUGGGUCGCAAACGGCCAGCAACAGCCAGCGGGACGAGGACGGAACCAUUGAUUACACGCUAGAACUAGAUUAACCAAAAAAAGAGGCGUCCCCUGCUGCAACAGAACACAAAUACACAACACACACACACACAUACACAAACGGACACGCAUCAACGCCAGGAGCAGCGAUGUGUUUACUUAAACUUGGCAAACCCUUGUGGCGGUGGUAGAUGUGAGCUGAAAAGAAGGAGAUUUGUUGGUGCUCGUUGCAGUGGUUCAGCAUACCCCCAUUUCUUACCCCAUUUCCGGUUUUCGACGCUCUUUUAGCUCGCUUCUUCCUACUAAAAAAAGACGCAUUAUUCUGAAUUCGGUUUUAAUACAUUGUUUUUUGUAUUAUAAUUUGUAAAUUGUUUAAACGGAGGAAGAGUGUUUGGUAGUAAUUUAAAAAUGGUUACUCACACACAUACACACACACUGCUUGCUCACUCCUUCGUUUUUGACUGGUUGGGUUGUUAGGGUGGUAAUCUAAGUAGGCAGAAUAUCCAAUCCCCGUGGUAGAUGUGCGGUCCCAUCCAGACCGUCUCGUGCGGUACACAGGACCGACCACUAUCCAGCUACGGCUGAAAUCAAAUCACAGGAAGCCAGAAAUGGCAGGCCGAGAUCUGUGUAGAUUGUUUUGCCCGCAAAAAAAGCAAACCCGGGAUUACCUUAAUAGGAACAGAAAAUCCAUUUAGUAUAAGUUCGCUUUUAAAUUGUUGUAAGCUGCUAAUGAAUGCAAUGUUUGUUUGAAUUGUACGUUCUUUUGCGCUUUUCGCUUUACUUUUGUUUUACUUUUUACUAAAAGUGGUUGCCAGUUUGUGCCAGUUGAAUUCGAAUUCAAUCGCACCAGAAGAUAGAAAGAGACGGAGUGAAGGUCCUUGCCGUGUUGCGUCGUCCUGUUGUGUUAGUUAGUUUGUGUGUGUGUGUGUUGAAGUAGAAGACAGAAAACGGUUUAGUUACCCCCCGCUCCUUUUCCUCUCGGCGGUCGGAACAGGUGUCAACGGUAACUAAACGAGCGUCCGCCGCUGCUGCCGCUUUAUCCGCUAGCUGUGUCACAUUCAUUCCUGUGAUUUGGCUUCACUUCUGGCCAUUGCAGGCCCAUUGCGAUGUGUGCGUUUUUGGUCAAGAAGAAGCAAACCGAACGCAGCUAGAACAGCAAGUGUACAGAUAUUGUAUUCAGAAGCAAGGAAUAAGAUAAUAAGUAAGGGUAACAAGCAAACAAAAAAAAAACGGAGCGCUUUGCAAAAGCACAAUACGAAGGACUGAACGGGGCGUUGUUGGGAGUGUGUGUGAGAGAGACAGAGAGAGAAAAAUGAGGGAAAAUCAUAAGGACUCUAGAAUUAUUAUUUCCUAUAUAAGCGGAGAAAGAUGGAGCGCCCGGAUGUGUUGGUUGAUGAUCAUCCCCGGGCCGGUUUUUUUUUUUUGCUUUUGUUUCUGUCAACGUAACUAACGCACGGGGUUGGCCUCGGAAUGGUGUGACCAAAUCGCCAUAUAAACAGUAAAACUACAAUUGAAUGCAACCACAGCUACAGAGAACAGCCACCGUCGUCGUCCUCUUCUAGAUCCAAUCAUAUUGCCAUGUGUCCCAUCUUACCUACUCAAACCCAAUUUUGCCCGGAAGAUAUAGGAUUCAACUCAAACACGUGCGCUAACGUGGAUUUUAUUAAGAGAUUGUAAAAUUGUCCGACGUCUGAGCUCAGUUAACUCACUCACCAGCAGUUGGUCGCGUGGAAGGUCGCUCGAAAAGGAAGACAUGCAGCAUGUUGGCAAUGGUGUUUACUAGACCGCUUCGGACGGAUAAUUUCCCAUCCAAGUAACACUACACCGAUAUGAUUAUGCGCUAUUAUUAUUAUUAUUAUUAUUAUUAUUAUGAUUAUUGAUGCGUUGAUAAUAAAGAAGAGAAGGAAAA